AUGCCUCGUCCUGGAAGAAACACGUACAGCGAUCAGAAGCCGCCGUAUUCGUAUAUUUCGCUGACCGCGAUGGCCAUUCAAGGUUGCCCGGAGAAGAUGCUCCCUCUCAGCGAAAUUUACAAGUUCAUCAUGGACAGGUUUCCUUAUUAUCGGGAAAACACACAGCGCUGGCAAAACUCCCUUCGCCACAAUCUUUCCUUCAACGACUGCUUCAUCAAGAUCCCGCGGAGACCGGACCAGCCGGGGAAAGGCAGCUUCUGGGCUCUCCAUCCCACCUGCGGUGACAUGUUUGAAAACGGGAGCUUCUUGAGACGCCGCAAGAGAUUCAAAGUGAUGAUUACCUCCGAGCACCUGCAAAAACGCCCAAACGCGUCGCAUUACCUCCAGCAACAAGCAAAACUCAGAAUGACCGCUUUAGGGACACAUCUACCUCAGAUGACCAGCUACAACUUAAGUGUGUCUCAGCCCUCCACCUUCAAACACCCCUUUGCCAUUGAAAACAUCAUUGCCAGAGAUUACAAAAUGCCAGGAAGCCUUGCUUUCUCCACCAUGCAAUCCAUGUCUACGGGUUAUCAGAUACACAAUCAGUUGACCACGGCAUGGCCCCACAUGUAUGGCGGUAAUAUGAUAGAUGCUGAGUAUACUGCCUAUGGAGUACCACUCAAAUCCCUGAGUCAUGGCGCGCAAAGUUUACCGGCGAUCCCUGUGCCAAUCAAACCCGCUCCAGCUUCGGCCGCGUCCAUCCCGGCGCUGCAUGCGCACCUUCCAGCGUUCCUCUGCGGCUCUCCACAGUCCCUCAGCCCGACGUCUCCCAGCCAGAGCAGCCCCGCCACACCGAGCACGACCUCGCUGCUCCAUUCGGUCGCCGUGCACUGUCAAGAGGUCACUUAA